AUGGACUCACAUAACAGCAACGGGGUGCUCGCCGCCAGCCCACCAAUCCGGGGCAGGCCCAGACAGGAAUCACUGGGUUCUCUAUACGAAGUGCUGGCCGACCUGGAUGAGAACCAACUUCACUAUCUGAUCCAGGAGAUGAACCACACUGGUCACCAAAAUGUAAAGGUGUCACAGGCCAAGGCCGCCUUUGAGUCGCAAAGUCCAACCGAGUCGUUGCAAGACAUAAGGGCGAGCAUGUUGCCGCCAGGAUCGCCGCCGCCCGAGCCAGGGCUGCAGAGGCGGCUGUCCAAGUCGCAGCAGGGCAAGCUGCGCAUCCAAACGGCAUUCCAGAGGGCGCCGUCCCUGCGACAGAGACAAGUCCCGGAAAACCGUGUUGUCGCACCAGAGUCAAACAGCAGAACGUCUCGCGACUUUACGCCAGAAACGCCAAAGCGUCAGUCCUUCCAGAGCCCGGCAGAGGCACGCCUAUCUCUGAGCCGCUCCCCAACUUCACCUGUAUUCUCUGGAUUCGAGUCUCGCGGGCCCGUGGCUGGGUCGAUCCAGCUGCCCAAACGGGACACUCCCCGGGAGACGACGCAACUGGACGCGCCGCGGGACACGAAAAGGGACAGCUCCGGCAGCUCCAUCAGUUCCCUGGCGCCGACCAUUGGCCGCAAGACGUCGGCCUACAAGCGCAUCCCACGACCCGACUUUGACCUGCCGCCCGGCGUCACCGUCACGGACCUGCUCCGCCUGCUCGAGAGCGAGUUCCUCUCGUCGGCGGACCCGCUCGACGCCCCGUCGCCCAUGUACCUGCCCUCGCCGUCGUCGGCAAUAUCGCGAGGCCACUCACCGUCGCCCUUGCUCCUGUCGGCGUCGACCUCGUCGGCCACCAUGCCCUUUUCCACGUCGCCCACCUUUCCCGGAGGUCACCACUUGCUGCGUCGUCCUUCGUCGAGGCUGGACAUGGCCCUCGACGCCGAGCGCAACGCCUCAGGCUUUGAGGAGAUUGGGUUGGGCAUGCUCGAACCCCGGGCCACGCCGUCAAUGGCUUCUUCUGUUGGGCCAAUGCCAAUCUCCAGCAGCGCGCCAGUGACGCCCUUUACCAGGGGAGGGGCAGGAGGAUUCAUGGCAGAAACGCCGCCGCCACAGCCUCAAUCUGCGUCACCAAUGGUGUUGGAGGGUAUUUUUGAUGUCUUGGAGAACCGGUGA